AUGAACCAUCAUUUAGCAGUAUUCGGUGGAACCGGAUUCCUAGGUCAACAUAUUUGUAAAACAGCAAUUCAAAAAGGCUGGACGGUUACUUCAAUAAGUCGAAGAGGUAUGCCUAAUAGCGACCAACAUAAUGGAAAUAUUCAGAACUGGACACAAGAAGUAAAUUGGUGCAAAGGAGAUUUAAAUGAUCCAAUUUCUAUAGAAAAUCAUGUAAAAAGUGCAUCAGCAAUCAUAUAUUCUGUAGGAACCCUAUUAGAAAACAGAUAUAAGCGUUUUCUAUCUGGAAGAGAUAGUCUAUUUUCACUUUUUCAGUUGUCUCAAGAUGAAGAUUUAAGUUAUGAUAAGUUAAAUAGAGAUUUUGCAAUCCAGAUAGCAGAUAUGGCAUCUCAGAUGAAUAAAAACAUACCAUUUGUGUAUCUUUCAGCAGCAAAUACAUUCCCAGGUAUUCCUAGAAAAUAUAUUGAAUCAAAAAGAGAAGCAGAAGAUUAUAUAUGUUCCGUUCAAAAUAUAAGACCUAUUAUUAUGCGACCAGGUUUUAUAUAUUCCAAAGAAAGACCUAUUUCUUUACCCCUUGCAGGGAUUAUCGAUAUUACCUCUAAUAUUAGUAAGCUAUUUUGUAGAAAAAUAUCAUUUUUAGGUGCUGCAGGUGUAAAGCCUUUAAAAGUUGAAACUGUAGCAAACGCAAUAAUUCAAUCUAUUCAUGAAGAAUUUAAAGGUAUCGCAAGUGUAGAACAUAUUGAAAAAUUAGCUUCUGUACUACAAAAAACACGUUCAUGA